CAUGAACUCGCCAAGGGUCUGACUGAUCUGAAAACGGAUUUCCUGAGUCGCAUAGCUCUUGGAUAUUUAAAGCAGUUCCUUCUCCUGGAGAACGAAGGACAGGGACCGAUUAAGAAACGCAUUUCAUCAUACACUUCUGACCAUCUCGGAAUCCUACGCGAGAGUCAUCAUGUCUUCUAACAAAGUUGACCUCAAGAACAUCCAAGGCGAUAUCAUUAUCGGUUUACAGAAACGAGUUGAAGCCUUCUGGUUUUGCACCCUAAAAUCUGAAUCCAACUCUGUCGAAGGUUUUCGUAGAAACCUGAAAGACUCUUUACUUCCGUUGAUUACCACCACUCAAGACGUGCUCGACACACAAAAAAAGAUCAAUGAUCAUAAACGAAAUAAGAGAUCCGAGGGGGGGAACGACCUGUUACCCAUCACCCAGGUCAACCUCGGAUUCAGCUUUGCCGGAUUGAAAAAAUUGGGACUUAAGCUGGAAGAGAUCCCAACCGGUGGCGACGGAGUCUUUUCGAAGGGCCAAAAGGUUGAUGCGGUCGAUAACUUGGGAGACCCCGUCGACCCAAAGACGAAAAAGUUGAAGACCUGGUCUAAAGACUUUUUGCAUGAAGCCAACUCGAUCGAUUUCGUCAUCUUGAUCACGGCUCCGGACUGCAAGUUGUUGGAUCAAAAACUAGACCAGCUUCGAAAGAAUUUGAGCGGGUUUUUGGCCUCUUCGUUUGUUCGCAAGGGUAAUGUUAGACCCGGUAAUGAGGUCGGGCAUGAGCACUUUGGGUUCUUAGACGGGAUUUCCACGCCAACAAUCGAAAACAUUAAUGCCCAGCCAGGUGAUAAGAAGAGUGGAAUAGUUAAACCAGAUGUGGUUUUACUCGGCCAACCUGCUUCGGGUGGGAAUACCAAUAACUUGGAUCCGAAGCAGGCUUGGAUUAAAGAUGGCUCGUUUAUGGCUUUCAGAGAGCUCCAACAACUCGUACCAGAGUUCCAAUCCUUCUGCGACGAGUCUGCCAAAAAGCUUCAAAACCCUAAUGUGUCUGGCGACUUCAUCGGGGCUAGAAUUGUUGGCAGAUGGAAAUCAGGUGCCCCACUUACCUUGACCCCAGUCCAAGAUAAACCGGAACUGAAUCGAGCACAGGACUUCGACUAUUCCGAUGAAUUGAAACAAGAACGUUGUCCCUACGCUGCUCACAUAAGAAAAACUAACCCGCGUAAUGGCAUAGCUGGUGCGGAUCCCAACACGGCCGUCUUGCCUCAUCUUAUGAUCAGAAACGGCAUCCCUUAUGGGCCUGAGCUUACCGCGGAAGAAAAGAAAGCGAAGAAAACGAAAGAGAAUCGUGGUCUAUUAUUUGUUUCUUAUCAAAGCCAAAUCGAAAGUGGAUUCCAAUUUGUUCAGAAGCUUUGGUGCAACAACACCGAUUUUCCGGCUAAAACUCCGGCUAAAGUGACUCCCGGGUUCGAUUUGUUAAUCGGACAAACCGCUGAUGAAAAGCCUCGAGUAGCUCAAAAUAUCAACCCAUUGGGAAUUGCGGGCACUACCGAUCCCAACAACAUAGUGACCGCCCCGGCACAUUUCAUCGUUCCCCUUGGUGGAGAAUAUUUCCUUAUGCCUUCCAUCAAAGCCAUCAACGAAAAGCUUGGCCUUUCGUCAAGAUCUGACCUAUGAAAAGCUUGGCCUUUCGUCAAGA